AACUUGGCGCCACACUUUCAUGAAGGUCCUCAGAGCAGGUGGCAAGAGGCUUGAGACAUUGCCAGUGACAGAUUUUUGUGGAAACAACUUGCUGCCCAAUGCGCCAAAUGGCGCGGGAGGAUCUAAGUCAUAUUGCUGCAACAAACUGACCCAAGUGACAGCAUCCAGUUAUUGAGAAGCUUAUCAGCUUAUUAUUUUUGUCACCAAACAAACCAAACAAAAACAACAAAAAUAAACAACAGCACACUUAAUAGAAAAUGCUAAGGCUCUUUAAGAAGAAACGGCCAAGAUUGGAACAGCAAUCUACAGUGGAGAGUGCUGAACUCCUUACAAAAACAUCAAUUGCACUUGAUGAUGUCAUGAAUUUGGUGGUGUUUCUUAGAGACAGAACAGGGAUUCAUUUCACUUUAGAGGAUGCCCCUCUUACUCGCUGUGAUAGUCUUGUACAUCUAGUUCUCCAGGAACAAAGUCUUCCCAUUGAGGCAGCUGAGGCUUUUUGUCUAUGGCUCAUCUCUCCAAUCUUAGAUUUGCGCUUGAAAAAGGAACACAAUCCAUUUAUAGUUGUCCAGAAGUGGGAGCAGCUCUGUUUUAUGUAUACUGAAGCACCAGAGAAAGAAAUAUCUGAAAGUGAGCCAGUUUUAAUGCUUCAGAGAGAUGUCUUUUUGACCAGACAAGAUGAACAAAAGAUUAUUGAUGAGCGAAUUCUAUUCUACCUGUAUCAUGAGGCUAAAUAUAAUGUGAACAUGGCUCGCUACAUCCUGAACGAAGAAGACUAUCACACUUUAGCUGGCUAUCAAGCAAUUAUUACAUUUGGAGUCUAUGACAAAGUGAUUCAUAAACUCAGUGAAUACAAGUCAAAUCUUGAUAAGUUCUACCCUGUGCACAUGUACCUCACUAGCCGAUGCACCUUUUUAAGAGGUUCACAUUCCACUCCUUGCGAGCAAAGCUUCAUGGAUGCUCAUAUCAAAAUAUCAAAGGCCCAUGGCGAUUCACCUAUUAACUUAAAGGAUUACUACAAAAAGUAUCUUCAUUUGUUAUGGACCUAUCCAUUCUAUGGGGGGGCCUUUUUCUCUGGUUCUGUUGAAGCAAAAACAAAUAGGCUUCGUAGAUUGAUAUCAACUCCAGUUAUGAAAAUCACCCUUUGCAUCAAUACAGAUGGAGUCAGUAUUUUCAAUAAGCAGAAACCAGAAUUUCUUCUGUAUGUGCCAUACUCUCAACUUUCCUGGCAUUACAAAGAUGAACCAUGGGAUGGUGACAAUGAUCCAUUGCCCACACUUAUGCUUCAGUUUCUAACUGAUGAACAAUCUAAUGAUGCUGCAGGACGGCCUGUUACAAAACUUUUACAAGUCUUUUCUAGAGAGGCUAAAUUAAUGAAUGCGCUUAUAGAGACCUGUGUGAAUAAGAAGCUUGCUUUUGGAAAUGAGUCAGAUUUUGUGGAUAAUUUAUCAGAUAUUACCGAGAAGAGAGUAUUAAAUAAACUGGAUAGAAUGACAAUGGAAACUUUCACACAAGAAGGUGAACCUUUAUAAAAGUUGUAAGCAGCCCAUUCAAGAGAAUGUAUGUCUACAUUUUGUUCAGGCCAUCAUAUCUCCUCAAUGCCUUGCAAUGGCAACACAAGACAUUUGUUGUCAGCACUUUGCCUUUAUAUGAACUAGGAAGCAUCAAGGUUGUCUUGUAUCUGCUCCACCACAAUUUUAUUUUAACUAUAUGGCACAUUAAAUUUGAAUUUGAAAACAUCCUGGCUAGUAACCUGACCUAAUGUUUUGUUUCUAUAAAAAAAAAAGUAAAUAGUCUGUAUAUUAUCUGUGAUAAUUUUGACUUAUUAGAUUGUUUUAUCAUGAAAACUCUUUUAAACUGUAAUAAUUAUGUAUAUAACAAUAUAAUCCUUUUUUUUUAUUUAUAUAAAACUGUAAUACUUAUGUCUAUAACAUGUUUCCUGUUUGAUGAACUACUUACUCAUUGGAUGUCAUUGGUCAGAUUAAACAAAAAGAUUUGUUUCUAGAUCUUUAUUUGCUCAAGUCUACUACUCAGUCUUUUACUUGACAGUCUGUAGUCACCAAAUGUCUUUAAACGUUUCCUCUACAUUCUAAAUGAUUGAUUUGAAUGUGCAAUGUCUGGUUUUAUAAAGUGAAUAGUUCAUUUAAAGUGACUACAGUAGAAAUUGAAUGCACUAAAUAGUCAUUGUGUAGUCCAUGCACUAGUAGUUCAAUAUUUGUAAAUUGUUCACGCAUUCCUUAGUAACUAGACUUUUUUGUAUUGGUUAUGUUAAGCAUGAUCAUUUAUAAUUUAAUUGUUUAUAUAUGUAUGUCAGAAAAACAUUAUUUUAUAGACAGGCAGCGUUCAAUUUUGUUGGUAGCACUUUCUAUCUCAAAUUUCCAAUAUUUAUACAAUGACCAUUUUAAACAAUAUCAUUUGUAAAUAUAAAUGGUUACAAGUUUUGAAUAAAUAUAAGGAAAUAUAGUUAUUUUGUACAAUAAAAAUAAAUUGAAUAUUUUUUUACAAGUCUUUUCAAAAUACAAUUAAUAUCAAGACUGUUAGAAGUAAACAUGGUUAAUUAUUCAUCCUUAAUUUUAAAUGUCUACAAUUCAUUGUUGUUUUUUUCCUUUUCCUAGCAAAAAAAUCUUGAAUCCCAAAAUAACUUUGUUGUCCUGGCUUCCUUACAGAAGUGCAGUGAAAUGAAUGUUUAUUCCUUUAUUUAAAAGGACUCUUGUACAAAGUACUUUUUUUUUAAACACAUGAAUUCAGCAAUUGACUAUGAGAAACAUUUAGAAGUCACUCUUAGGUGUGGAAGUCUAGCAUACACUACUUCCAACUAGUUAUGUUGUAGAAAUAAAUGUUGAUCAUUUAUAGGCAAUGCUACACUGAGGUUUCCAUCCACAUUAUUCUGCUAAAGCAUAUAUAUGAUUGGGUUUAUGAAAGUGGUGUUAUUUACAAUGUUGUAAGCUCAUUAAUUUCAUCUUUUUAGAAGAGCAUUUGUUUCAGGCUAGUUAAGGCUCAUUAAUAAAUAUAUACUUUGGAUAUUUCGUUCAUGACGUUUGUAUUUUUUGUGUUUUUGCAAUGUUUUUUUUUUUUUUUGAUAGUGUGGUUUUAAACAUUAAAUUGAGCUAUCAAUUC